AUGGUCAAGGUCAGCUCCUAUAAGCCUCAGCUUGGCUCCUCUGAAAAACAUCCUUUGUGGCACUCGAGAAUUUCGUAUAUGCCUCCAACUAGACUAAAACAAAAUGUUGUUGCGCCAAAAGAAAGGUCGAACCGGUCGCAUGUCGAAAACGACUCACCCGAGAAGCAAGCUAGGAGGUACUCAUUCAAACGUAUGCCUCCUCGUAAACGCCGAUUGAGCGUCGGUGUUGAUGGCGAUUUCGUGAUUGAAGAUAUCUCCCACCAAGAUUCUGGGUACGAUGGUGACCUUGAGGUUAUCUGGCCGUAUCAAUAUGAGGAUGCUGAAACGGAUGCUACUACAAAGCAACCCUCCGAUGCUAAGAGGACCGGCCCAAGGCAGCCAAAACGGGAUGAGCUAUCUCGCAGUGGAUUGAUCGACUGGAUGGACUCCUUACACUGUGAUUCCGAUAAGGACACUCUUCGUCCCAAGAGAUGCCUUAAAAGGAAAUUGAGGCCUUCACUAGAGAAUCUACAUAGGAGAUCAUCUUCUUUGCGUUCCAUCCAUCAAGGAUCGGAUCUUAAAGAGAGCGGAAAAUCUUCCUCUACGCCUAAGAAGCCCAGACAAGACCGUCAAGAGAGCUCCCAAGGGCAGGAUGAUAGACCUGCAGGUAUUGGAUCCGCCCCGGUGAAAGGCCAGGCGUGCUCAGCUGGGCUAUCUGCUGAUCUGACUUUCGAAUCGAGUACGGCCACACCCGACUCUAUGGACCUGGACUGA